AUGGCCUUUCUAUAUAAAGGAAAAGAUGACUCAGUCAAAAAGGACAAGCCAUAUAAGAUCUUUUUCAAAGAUCUGUUUCUUUUCAAAGAAAAUGAAAUGGCAGCAAAGAAAAAGGAAAAAAUUAUGAACCGCAGCAUGAAAGUCUACCAGAAGUCUACUUUUUCAUCUCGAAUGAAGAGUCGUUCACACCUGGGCCAAGUAGCAUUCUACUCUGACACAGCUGGGGGCUCAUUUGAAAAAUUUGGGCUAGAUCCCACUCUUAUUCUAAGAUUAACAGAAGGUACGGACACAAAAAGGACUAUUCAUGAAUUUAUUAAUGACCAGAGAGACCGGUUUCUGCUGGAGUAUGCCCUGUCAACCAAAAGAAAUACAAUUAAAAAGUUUGAAAAACACAUGGUGGCGAAGGAACAGCAACUCACAAGAGCCGAAAAAAAGCUCCAAGAAGAUGCAAUGGCCUUUGAAGAGUUCCUUCGAGAAAAUGACCAGAGAUCUGUAGAUGCUCUUAAAACUGCAGCACAGGAAACUAUAAACAAACUCCAAAUGACAGCAGAACUGAAGAAAGCCAGUAUGGAGGUGCAGGCGGUGAAAAGUGAGAUAGCAAAAACAGAAUUCCUCCUUAGAGAGUACAUGAAAUAUGGAUUUUUUCUGCUGAAACUGUCUCCAAAACACUGGCAAAUCCAACAAGCGCUGAAAAGGGCGCAGAUGACAAAGAGUAGAGAGAGUAUGAAUGUCAGUCUUCCAGUACUAACAAGUGAACUUGAAUUAAAUACAACGAAAACAGAGGGCAGUAAUGAGGAUGCCGGGAAGGUAUCAUUUUCAGAUGACUAUUACAUGGAAAGAGGUCGCCAAGGAAAACCACACAAGAAGCCCACUCUAACCAUAGACAAUAAGAAAUCAUCCUUAUCAAGCCACGCUGAGAGUAUCAGUUCAGAAGACAGUUUGGAAUUCUUUUUAGACGAUGAUAUGGACUAUGAUCUGGAGCCAGAGCUUUAUUUCAAAGAACCAGAAGAGUUACUUCAAGUCCUCACAGAGCUGGAAGAGCAGAAUCUAACUUUGGUACAGUAUUCCCAAGAUGUAGAUGAAAAUCUUGAAGAUGUAAAUAAAAGAGAAAAACUUAUACAGGAUAAGAUAAAUAGCAACAUAGAGUUUCUUCUGGAGCACAAGGAAAUGCUUAAGGCUAGCUGUGUGAGAGAAGAGGAAAAAGCAGCAGAACUGGAAUUAAGGUCCAGGCUAUUUAGUUUUGGAGAAUUUAAAUCAGACACUCAGGAAAAACUGAUAGACUCUCUUAGCAAAAAAAUUAAUCAAGUAUACAAAGUCUGCAUUGGAGAUGCUGAUGUUGGCAGCCUCAACCCAGUUCAAAAGCUGGUAAAAGUAGAGUCUCGCCUGGUAGAACUGAGUGAUCUCAUUGAAUCCAUUCCCAAAGAAAAUGUGGAGGCAAUUGAGAGGAUAAAACAGAAAGAACGGCGGCAAAAGUUACGUGAAGAGAAAAUGAAAGAAAAACAAAAACACCAGGAGGAAAGGCUAAGAGCUGCUCUGGAAAGAGCAGUAGCACAACCAAAGAAAAAGCUGGGAAGACGACUUGUCUAUCGCUCAAAACCGCCAUCUGGUAACAAACAUGAACUACUUUUAGUCAAGGAUACAAGAACAAAAUCACUAGAGGAUGAAUAUUUUUUCACUUGA